AUGACUGAUACUCCUGAUGCUGUUCCAAAUUUUGAAGAGAUGUUCGCCAGUAGAUUCACAGAAGAGUAUCAAGAAUACCUGAAACGCCCUGCAGAUUCCCCUCUGAUUGUUGAAGAGUGGAACAGUAGAUCUAGUGGUAAUCAAAGAAACCAGUUGCAAGAUAACAGACACUUUCGAGGAAGGGAUGGCAGGCGGGGUUGGCCAAGUGACAAUAGAUCUAAUCAAUGGCAUGAAAGACUCUGGGGUAAUAACUAUCAGCAGCACAGACAAGAACCUUACUACCACCAUCAGUAUGGACAAUAUGGUUAUAAUCAACGGCCACCUUAUGGCUACUAUUAAUGUUGGCAGCCAUCAAG